ACAGUUCUACUACAAAGGCGCACAUGUGGGUAAAGAGAAAAGUGCCAAAGCUGCAAUGCAAGAGAAAGGGCUAAAAUUGAAUCAUCGGCAUUCAGCGGCACAAUGCUACGCCAUACUCAUGCUCCUCGCCGGCGCCGCCGUGCAGACCCGAUCUGCCGGGCCGAUAAAGACGGUGGUGAUCGUUGUGAUGGAGAACCGAUCUUUCGACCACAUGCUGGGGUGGAUGAAGCAGCUGAACCCGGAGAUCAACGGCGUUGAUGGGACCGAGUGGAAUCCAACUUCGACGGCCGAUCCAAAAGCGUCCCGAGUCUACUUCAAGAAUAGGGCACAUUACCUGGACCCUGAUCCCGGCCACUCUUUUCAGGCGAUCCGGGAGCAGAUCUUUGGAUCUAAUGAAACAUCGGCAUCGCCGGCGCCGAUGAACGGAUUCGUCCAGCAGUCGGAGUCGAUGUCGGCCAACAUUACGGGGGCGGUGAUGAAUGGGUUCCCACCGCAGAUGGUGGCGGUCUAUCAGGCGCUGGUAUCGGAGUUCGCCGUCUUCGACCGGUGGUUUGCAUCGGUGCCAGCGUCCACACAACCUAACCGCCUUUAUGUGCAUUCGGCUACCUCUCACGGAGCAACCAGCAACGAUGCCCGUUUACUAGAGCAAGGAUUCCCACAGAGAACAAUUUUUGACAAUAUUGAUGAGGCCGGACUCUCUUUUGGCAUCUACUACCAAAACCUUCCUACAGUACUGUUCUAUCGAAAUCUUCGCAAACUUAAGUAUGUCACAAAGUUCCACUCUUAUGAUAGUGAAUUCAAGAGUCAUGCAGGAAGAGGCAAGCUCCCUAAUUAUGUUGUCAUCGAACAGCGCUAUAUGGACUCCAAGCUCAGACCUGCAACUGACGAUCAUCCUUCCCAUGAUGUCUACCAAGGCCAGAUGUUCAUAAAGGAAUUAUAUGAAACUCUUCGAUCGAGUCCCCAAUGGAACGAAAGUCUCCUUAUAAUCACUUAUGAUGAGCAUGGGGGCUUCUAUGAUCAUGUUCCCACUCCUGUUAGGGGUGUCCCAAGUCCUGAUGGAAUUGUUGGCCCCAGUCCUUUCAACUUCAAAUUUGAUCGCUUAGGUGUAAGGGUGCCUACCAUCAUGGUCUCUCCUUGGAUCGAAAAGAGCACUGUUGUUCAUGGCCCGAGCGGUUCGCCGACACCGACAUCAGAGUACGAGCAUUCAUCAAUUCCGGCAACGGUGAAGAAAAUUUUUGAUCUCCCUUCCCCAUACCUGACUAGGAGGGAUGCUUGGGCUGGAACUUUUGAAGGCAUUCUGCAAACUAGAAUUGAACCUAGAACCGACUGUCCAACUCAACUCCCAACCCCAGUAAAAAUCAGGAAAACUGAAGCCAUGGAGGAUGCGCCGCUGAGCGAAUUCCAGCAGGAGCUCGCACAACUUUCGUCGGUGCUCACCGGCGAUCACCUGUUGAAAAACUUCAAAGGCACCAUCAAGAAAAUGACCGUUAAGCAAGGGCAGGAAUAUGCAGAAGGCUCAAUCAAACGUUUCCUUAAUGCAGGAUUGGCAGCAAAAAUGAUGGGCGUCGAAGAAAACCAAAUCGUGAAGAUGAGACCAUCGCUCACUACCAGACCAAUCUCCUCAACUCGGACUACUCCUUGAAAUUAU